CAAUCGAGCGUGAUUCCAUCGACCUAUUGGGGAGCUAGGAAGAUGGCCUCCACCGAGCAACCUGAACCACCAACACAGUCGGGCCUUCCUGGAGUUGACGGGGCAGCUCGGCCCAGAGAAGCACUGGUUGCAACUGCUGUAAAAUUUCUGCACAACCCGAAAGUACGCGAGAGCCCCCUGGCCACCAGAAAAGCCUUCUUAAGGAAAAAAGGACUCACUGAUGAAGAAGUAGACUUGGCCAUCCAGCGUUCUGGCAGCACAGAGGAAGUCCUACCUUUGAGCCACGUGGGGCUCCCACAUCCACCUUAUGCGACUCAGCUAACUCCUGCACCACCCACAGGCUACAGAUGGAGAGACUAUGGCGCGCUCACCAUCAUUAUGGUUGGCAUCGCAUUUGGCUUUCAUCAGCUUUACAAGAAAUACAUCCUUCCCCUCAUUAUGGGGAGCCGAGAGGACAAGAAGCAUCUGCAGAGGAUGGAAAGCAACAUUGCAGCAAUGAGUGGCACGCUGACACAGACAGUCAUCCAGCUUCAGCAAACCCUGGUCCAUAUCCAGGAGCUCCUGGUCCAGCAGCAGCAGAAGAUCCAGGAGCUCUCUCAAGAACUGGCUGCAGCAGAGACAUCAUCCUCAACCAACCGCAUCCUGGACAACCAAACCGUUGGAGAGCUGAAGGCUGAGAUUGCCUCUUUGAAGGGCUUACUGCUCAGCAGGAGACAGUUUCCUUCCACUCCUGCUAUUCCUAAGAUCCCCUCAUGGCAGAUUCCUCUGAAAUCGCCUUCAGCGACCGGCUUACCAUCUGUUAACCACACCAACAGCAGCAGUGACAUCUCCCCCGUCAGUAAUGAGUCCGCCAACUCUUCCCCAGUCAAAGAUGGACACCAGAGCCCCCAGGAUGCACUGGGGGGACCAGACGGAGCCCACGGGAUCAACGGAGAUACCUGCACGCCACCGCCGCCAGACCAGGUCCGCAUGGAGGUGCAGGGUGAAGAGGAAAAGGAGGAGGAUGACGAAGAGGAUGAUGUUAGCCAUGUGGAGGAGGAAGAGGCUCUGAGCAUACAGUCGCAAGAUCGACGAGGCGGAGAUGGACAGAUUAAUGAACAGGUUGACAAACUCAGGCGGCCUGAGGGUGCCAGCAACGACAGCGAGGUUGAUUAGCCGAAAAGCAGAAUCUCGGCUCGUUUCUCUAAGAACCUACUCACAUCAUUUCAUUUCAAUCCACCUUCCUUUCCGUUUCUACAUCAUCUUGUUGCAUUCUGAUGCUGAGCAAAAUAAGGAGUAGUUAUGGGUAUUGAGAGGAUCCACAGCUGACAGAUAUUGAAGUGGGUUGGUGAAUUAAAGGCUUCCCACAAUUUACCUUUGAUAAUGCAAAUCAAGCUGCAUGCUAAGCUAAGUCCAAUGUAGUGACGCUUCUCCAAGGGGAGAAAUAAUAGAAGCGAUAGUAAAAUCACAACAACUUUAAAGGCGCCUGUUUAAUGCUAGCCAUGUUUGACUUUUAGCUUUUAAUUUAAAUCAUUUGAUCAGAUUAUUAGCAGCUCUGCUUCAGCAUACUUGUAACUAUACUGAUUCAGACCGAAGCUGCACAUCCGUUAGUCAGAAAGCAGAUGUUGCUUUAGUCUCAAAGUUACACUGAUCUUCCUGUGAAGCGUAGAACGAGUUUCUCUCCUUGCUGAUGGCAAUAGGAGAGGACAAGCUCUUCCAGGGCCUUAGCUCUCAACCUCUUUUAUGUGUCCUUUUGCAUUGGUGUCAGUCUGUCAAUAAUUCACAAGGCCAGCAGGGUGGCAUUUGGGUGAAAUAAAAGCCCUGAAAUUCGAGAUUAGAAUGUGAUGACGGGCUUUGUUCCAUGCCGGUGUCAGAGUGCUCAUAUGCUCAGAGGACGAAGGGGGGAAAGAUAAAUGUUUUUUUCCCCCUCUCUCUCUCUCUCUUGCUUUCCUUUUUCACCGAAGGCUGAAUCCUGCAUCUUUGCGAGUGAGAGCUUUGUGCGCGAGUCAGGGGAGGAAAAACCCAGACAGUCUGUGGAGCUAUAUCUGUGUCUCCAGCAGGGCAGCUGAUUUGGUUUGUGAAGUAUGUUAAUAAUCAAAUGAUCAACAAAUAACAGAUGUAUUAGUUCAUGCAGCUUGAAAUGUCAAGGAGGCUAAAAGUGGAAAUCUAAUACUAGAAGCCCAGUUGCAUCGUAUCAUUUUCUAUGACAAACCCUCCGGUCCAAAUUAGGUAGGGCCUCCCACAGUGAGUAAUCUUUACAGAAAACGGCAACAAUAUUUUGUAAUUAAGCUGCAGUAAGACAAAAGCGCUGCCACAGAGGGAAGUUGCAGAACUGGUAUUACUUUCUUUUUUCUCUCUCUCUCUUGAUGUGGAGGAGGAUGGGGAAGUAAAAAAAAUGCCCCGUGAUUGAAAAGGAAAGUAAUAAAUGAAUACUUGACUUAUUGAAUUACUCACUGUGUCUCAAGCUAACAAGAAGAGUUCAUGACUGAGAAGAAGGGAUGCCGGCGGUUUUCGUCUCCAUCACAUGGUUUUCCUACGCGUAAAGAAAAGGCACAAAUUAUGUUUCAUCAUGUUAUGACCAUCAUGAGCAUCAAAUAAUACCUUUAUUGUAAAAUCUUGUUUUUAUAUGUAUUUGAUUGUUGUUUUUGGGGGGAGCAUUGUAUAAAAUUCACCCACAACUGUAAUAAAUCUGGUUUACCACAAGAA